AUGUCGUUCAUUGUGCCCACCAUUGCCAAACAUGCUGCGACGCUUCGCACGACCGGGACUGCUGCUGCAUUCUACUCGACUGGCUCGCGUAUCAAGGUCGCCAACCCCGUUGUCGACUUGGACGGUGAUGAAAUGACCCGUAUUAUCUGGCAAGAUAUCAAGGAAAAGCUGGUUCUUCCUUACCUCGAUCUCGAUAUCAAGUACUAUGAUUUAGGCAUGAAACACCGUGACAAUACCGACGAUCAAGUGACGAUCGAUGCUGCCGAAGCCAUCAAGAAAUACAACGUCGGCAUCAAGUGUGCCACUAUUACACCUGACGAAGCCCGUGUCGAGGAAUUCGACUUGAAAAAGAUGUGGCGAUCACCCAACGGCACGAUCCGUAACAUCUUGAACGGCACUGUGUUCCGUGAACCCAUCCUUAUGAAGAACAUCCCUCGCAUUGUCCCUGGCUGGAAGGAGCCUAUUGUUAUUGGCCGCCAUGCAUUCGGUGAUCAGUACCGUGCCACCGAUUUUAUUGCUGACAAGGCCGGUAAGUUCGAGAUGUCAUUCACACCCGCUGAUGGCAGCGAGCCCACCAAGUGGACAGUGUUUGACUUCCCUGACAACGGAGGUGUCGGCAUGGCCAUGUACAACACUGACGAAUCGAUCAGCGGCUUCGCGCACUCGUGUUUCCAAAUGUCCCUCGCCAAGAAGAUGCCCUUGUACUUGAGCACCAAGAACACGAUCUUGAAAAAGUACGAUGGCCGCUUCAAAGAUAUCUUCCAGGAGAUCUAUGAUAAGGAUUACCGCAGCCAAUUUGAAUCCCAGAAUCUGUGGUACGAGCACCGCUUGAUCGAUGACAUGGUGGCACAAGCAUUGAAGUCCAAGGGUGGAUUUGUGUGGGCGUGCAAGAACUAUGACGGCGAUGUCCAAUCUGAUAUUUUGGCUCAAGGUUAUGGUUCGCUGGGCCUUAUGACCUCGGUCCUGGUGACCCCUGACGGCAAAACGCUGGAGGCUGAGGCUGCUCACGGCACUGUGACGAGACAUUACCGUGAGUUCCAGAAGGGCAACCCCACGUCGACCAACCCUAUUGCUUCCAUCUUUGCUUGGUCUCGCGGUUUGGCUCAUCGCGCCAAGCUGGACAGCAACGAGGCCUUGACCCUGUUCUCGAAGGACUUGGAAAAGGCUACUGUGGGCACUGUGGAAAACAAUAACAUCAUGACCAAGGAUUUGGCGUUGGCUAUCCAUGGCAAAGACAUGCGUCCCGAGCACUACGUGACGACCGCUGAAUUCAUGCAGGCAGUGACAGACAACCUGAACAAACUCAGAACUAGCGCAUGA